UAUUUGCUCGAAAAUGAAGAAAAAAAGCAAAUAGCAAAAUGGCCUGUUGAAAUAUAUGUAUGUAUGUAGUUAUGAAUGAGUGCAAGCAUAAACUUGCACAGGAAAGCGCCAGAAAUCUAUACAAGUUUUUGCAAGUCUGAAAGCAACAGCUGUUUUAGAAAGCGUCUGUUUGUAAUAAAGUGCUUCUCAAAGUGUUAUUUUAGUGGUGUUUUGUUUAUUAAAUAAAAUAAAAUAAUGAAUGAAAGUGAAAAAUCAAGAAAAAUGUGUAAUACAGCAGCUAAUAAAAAGCAAAUGCAUCCACGUAAUAUUUUCCGCCAGCCACCGGAUUACACCGAAUUGGCCAUCAAAUAUCCAGAAUUUCGUCGGGUUUGCAAAUUGGAAUUGUGUGGCAAAGUUUGUAUUGAUUAUAAAAAUGAAGCCGCCUUGAGAGCUUUGACCCAAACUUUGUUACGGGAAUAUUUCCAAUUAGCUGUGGAAUUUGCUCCCGGCAGUUUAGUGCCUACUUUGCCUUUACGUUUGAAUUAUAUACUAUGGCUGGAAGAUAUAGUGCCCCCUGAAGUUAAAGAAACGCCAUUAAGGGGCAUAGAUAUUGGUUGUGGCUCCUCCUGUAUUUACAGUAUUUUGGCGGCCAAGAAAAAUAACUGGCAAAUGCUGGCUUUAGAAGCGAAUGCCACAAAUUUGCAAUAUGCUGCUAAAAAUAUAGAAAAUAAUAAACUUUCCUCUUUAAUAACACUCUACCCUCAAAAACAUACUACCCAAAUAUUCCAAGAAUACUUUAGUGAAGAAAACUGCAGCUCCCCUUAUAAAAUUUAUGAUUUCUGUUUAUGCAAUCCGCCCUUUUUCGAUUCGCAAAAUGAGAACAACCAUAAAACCCGUAAAUCUAAUAAAAGACCUCCACCCCACAAUUGUCCCACCGGCUAUAAGGAAGAGCUAAGCUGCCAGGGUGGUGAGGUUAAGUUUGUUGAACAAAUUAUAGAGGAAAGUUUAUUGUUUAAACAACAAAUAAGAGUCUACACCACGAUGUUGGGCUUGAAAAGCAGUUUAGUAGAUGUUUUAAAUAUUCUCAAACACAAGAAUAUUUUAAAUGUUUGUUCAACGGAAUUUCAUCAGGGCAAUACCACCAGAUGGGGUGUGGCCUGGUCUUUUGAGAAGGAUAUUGAUUUAACGAAAUUUCAAUAAAUUGUUUAAAAUCUUAAAAUUUUGUUACUUUAAAGAAAAAUAUGUUUAAUUUAAUGGGUUUCUAAAUUUGGCUUCAAUUAGGUUUUUGUUUAGACUGAAUUUAGUUUAUAACUUUGAGUAUAACGUUUUUCAUUUUAAAAGAAACUGUUUCUGCUUCAUUUAAAGUUUUUUUUUUAUCAGAUUUUUAAGGAAAUUUAUUAUGUUAGGGUGACUUCUUUGAUUUUUUCCAUAAAUUUUAUAGGUUUUUGCUUUAGGAUUCAUUUGUUCAUUGUCCAAUUUUAUUGUAGCAUCAUUUUGUUUAGUUUUAUGUUCGAGACUUUAUACUUCCACAAAUUCCGAAACGACUGUAUAAUAAAAUUAGUUUAUGAAAUCAAAUCACUUGCCAACAAAAGUCCUAGUAAAAGUUUUAUAUGUAGUCGAUUGUGGGAAAAACUAACUGCCUGUUCCUCUAAAUUCAAACGAACAUUUCAUUUUCACUUUAAAUUGAAAACAAAAACUAUUUUUCGAAUUUAUUUGUUGUUUUCAAUAUAAUACUAGAAAAAGCGUGUUUGUUCACAUUUAGACGAAUAGCCUUUAAAAAUUUUAAAUAUAAUUUGAAGAUAUUUUAUAAACUAGGAUUUUGUAAACUUUUUAUUUCAAAAAAUUACCUUGGGUGAGACAUAUUAUGAAUUAAGGGAACUCAAAAACUCAUUGUCCGGUAAUAUUAUUUUAGAUUUGACAACUAUAUAAGUUUUUUUUUAUAUUAAAAGAAAUACAUUGAAUAUAAAGUAAUUAAUAAAACAUAAAAACUGCACAAUUACAGUGGUGCUGUAGAAAUUAUCUGCA